AUGGCCGACGAUCGAUCGACCGAGCGUAUCGAACUGUACGAUUCGGCUAUUACAGUCCCUUCCGACUCUGAAAACUACUCCGCCAACAACGAGCUCUCGUCCUCACCACCGUCCACAUCUAGCUCGCCGGUGAUUCUAUACAAACCGCCGACAUUAUGGGGUCUCUUGCGGGGGACAGCGAUCAAUGUUCUUUUGCCAUUUGUGAAUGGGCUGAUGCUGGGACUGGGCGAAUUACUGGCACAUGAAGCUGCUUUCCGCUUAGGUUGGACCAACACAAAGAUUUUCCCUGCCUACAGACGCACGACACCUGUUGGCCCCGGUAUCGAGUUAAGAGAAGUUCGUGACCGACGGACGGAUCCCCAUGCCAACGUUGGGGAUGCGGCAUCCCUGGAAUAA